AUGGAUAUCAAAGAUCCUGAGACGGCCAGCCUUGGAAGACUCACAGCAGGAGUCGGCAGAAGAUGGCAUCUUUUGGCCGUUGGAUCUGCUGCCGGAAGACUCAAGGUCGAUAUAUCAUCUUUGUCGCUCACUCUUUUGGUGGUUCUUCAUAGGGCUGCCAAUGAUAUUGACGCCUCUGUUCUCGACGUCAGAAAUGCAACAAAGGCAAUUUUCUUUCUAGGGACGCCGCAUCGAGGGAGCAACCUGGCAUCAUGGGGCGAAACAAUGAGAAAUAUUGUUGCUAUCAGUGGAUUUGAUACCAACAGCAAAAAUAUACGCGCGUUGCGUUUUGGCUCAGUCGAGCUCGAAUACGCCCAGGACGACUUCAUGCAACUAUGGCAACAGGAGAAAUUCAUUGUUCGAACUUUUCAGGAGGGCCUCGCAUUUGGGGGGUUUAACGGCGUGGCUGGAAAGGUUGUUGCUGUAGUUCUGGAUAUAUCGUCGUCGUUGGGUGAUCGACGAGAGCAUGCUGAACAUAUCAACGCCAAUCAUCGCGAGAUGUGCCGCUACACUGGUAGAGACGAUCCUAGAUAUCAGCAGGUUGGGGGCGAGUUACGAAGAAUUACAAAGAAGCUUCGCUUUGAUCUCCAGAAAUCUCAAGACAACGCAAUUGAAGCACAAGCUGUUAUAUCUGAGGACGAAGACAAACUGUCAUCGGAAGAGCUAGGUAUGAAGUCCAUGGUGGUCUUUGACAGAUACCUUCAUUUGCUGAUCCCCCAUCAGAAUGUUUACGCUCCCUAUGCGUCCCAGAAGUUGAUAUGUGGGAGUAUAACGUUGGCCAAGAUAUGCAAGCCACUUAUGAAGAGCACUCUAUUACGAGUGAAGGGAAAACUAGGGAAUGGAAAGUCAACAUCCAUCAAGGUCGCUGUAUCCAAGUUAUGGAAUGAAAAGUCAAGCUCUUCGGGUAUCAAGCUGGCUUUCUUCUUCAAUAACAACGGAAAUGCCCUCGAGAAGUCUCAACUUGGACUUUUCAGGUCAUUUCUGUUUCAACUAUUCCAGCAAUCAAAGCGAGCAUUCCAGCGAUUUAUGCCUAUAUUUCGCCGCAAGGUUAAUUUUUUUGACCGUCGGUGGACAUGGAGUGAAGAAGAACUGAAAAAAUUCUUCCUGUCAGUAAUGACAGAGUUGUCUCUAUCCUCGGCCUUUAUAUUCAUUGAUGCCCUCCACGAAUGCGAGGAGGCUCGAGAUGUCAUUACAUUCUUUGAAUCCCUCCGCAUCUCCGCCCUUGAAAACAAAAUUCCCGUCAAGCUAUGUUAUUCCAGCCGACAUUAUCCUCCUAUCAAGGUAGGGGACUACGUUGAACUUCGUAUUGAUGCACACAACAAUGAUGACAUCGAAAAUUAUAUAGAGAAGAAAUUGGAGCCGUUGUUCAAACGUCGGCAUAUCGACAAGCUAAGGUCUUAUAUUGUCGAAAAAGCUAAAGGGGUAUUUCUCUGGGUUGUCCUGGUCGUGGGCCAAAUAAUCAAGGCAAACGAUAACGGCGCGUCAUUGGGAAAAAUGCAGGAAAUCGUGGAAGCCGUUCCCGAUAAGUUAGAAUCACUGUACAGAGAGGCCCUCAAAUCUGCCAACACAAAAUGCCCUUCUGAAACGCUGUUGAUAUUGCAGUGGAUGCUCAGCGCAACCAGGCCAAUCACAUUACUUGAACUACGUUAUGCACUAGCAUUUCAAACAGGCGAAUACAAAUCUCAGGCGGAAGCGGAGGACAGUUUAUCCUUUAUUCAGAGUGAUCAGCAAAUGGAUCUGCUUCACAGAGCACACACAGGUGGCCUGAUGGAGACAAAAACCCAAAUCCUUGUAAGUACAGAAUAUGCUCGUCAAAUAUUCAACACGGAUAAGCAAACUACUAUUCAUUUUGUGUACGACUCAGUGAAGGGGUUUCUCUUAAAACAUGGUGGCCUCCAACUCUUUGAUUCGAGUCCAACCGAUAAGCUGCUCCACCAGGGUAACGAGAGACUUGCGGAGGCAUGCAUAAACUACCUGGACACUACUGAGUUGCGGCAUGCCGCAGAAUCACACGCUGAGCCGGAUGUCCUUGGUUUGACGAAAUCAGUGGAGCUAUUUCAGCGACUUUGCCGCCUGCACCCUUUCCUUCUCUAUUCUCUAAAUUCUGUCUUUGAACAUAUAAAAGCAGCCGAGUCUCUUCAUGAUGACGAAAAUGCUCCCCCAUCAUAUUUAUACCAUCGAAUGGAAGAGAUUUUCUUUAUAUGGAGAUAUUUCUCUGACCUCGAAAGUAAAUGCCGCUUCCAUGAGGUCCAUGGCACAAUGACAACUCUAGCCCAUCUGGCAGCAGAACAUGGACUGAUAUACUGGAUACGGUGUUACCUCUCAAGUGGUGGCGAUGUUGACUUAGAAGGUGGCCGAUUCGGGGCACUACUUCCGGCCGCCGCGGGUAUGGGACAUGAAGAAGUGGUCAGCCUGCUUCUUGAUCACGGGGCAGACGUUCAUCAUUCAACGGGGAGGUUAGGAUCGGCCUUGAGUGCGGCGACAUCAGAAGGACAUGUGGCCAUUGCUAAAACCCUGAUUCAGCGAGGCUCCGAUGUGAAUUACAUAUGCGGAGAACACGGGUUAAGUAGUGCGCUUGUCCAUGUUCUUCUUGACGCUGGAGCAGAUAUACAUAUGCAAGAGGGGAAGUUUGGCACUGUCCUCCAGGCAGCUGCUUAUAGAGGCGACGAAGAAAUAGUUAGAAUCCUCCUUGCGCGCGGAGAAGAUGCCAAUAUAGAAUUUGGGAAGUAUGGUACCGCCCUAGGAGCAGCAGCGUUCCAGGGACAUGACCAAGUCGUGCAACUAUUGCUUGAGCAUGGCGUUGACCCGGCUACUGAAGCUGGUAAUUAUGGCAAUUCCAUAUGGGCUGCAGCUUAUAAUGAACAAGGGCAUGUUCUACGGCAAAUUCUCCGCCACCAAUGGCCAUCCUGGCAAAAGGAUGAGGUGGAGAGUAAGGCACAGGAUAUCCUGAACGAGGCUACACGCACUGUCGCAUUCCAUAAAGCAGUGGAAGAUGGUGAAAUUGAUGUGGUUAAGGAGUGGAUAGAGGAUGGGAUUGACCCCAAUACACGGGGAGGAAAACAUAGCUCUGCACGGCAUAUUGCGGUCGACAUGAGCGACGCGGAGGGUCGAACUCCACUAUGGCUGGCAUCAAGCGAUGGACACCUCGAAAUUGCUAAGAUGCUUCUCAGCACCGGUCGAGUUGAUAUUCGGCGCAAGACUAUUACUGGGCGCAACCUACUGUGGUUUGCUGCAAGUGAAGGUCGAAUGGACAUGGUAUGUCUGAUGCGGGAAGCUGGGGCAGACCCAUUUGAAGCCGACAAUAAUGGAAUAUCGCCUAUCAUGGCAGCAGAAGAGGAAGGCCGGCUAGAUGUUGUUUUAUUCUUGCAGAAAGACAUGGAGAAAACUCUAUAG